CUACAUUCUGGACCAUGCGCCGACAAGGUCCCAGAAGAAUCCUUUCGAAUUAGCAGCCUGAGUCCCGAGGGUCCCCCACGAUUACACUAUGAAGCGCCAGCAUCCCCGCGGCAGGGUUGUAGAAGACCCAAAAACCCAAGCACGAGCUUCGCAAAUUCGCGCCAACGUUGUUGUCACUUGGAUGCCGGCCGGCUCUCUCCACUCGUCACUCGGCCCGACAAGCAUCAUGAGGUUUGUUUUUCUUGCCACUAACGACGACAGAGGCAGGUUGCGAGGGUAUCAUGUAUGCGCAACGUUUCAUUUCACCUGCGGUGCUCGCAAAAGCAGAAAUAUCGAGGCAAUAUUAGUUAGUCUAAGGGAGACUUAAAGUGGAAAGUGGCGUUAGUGCGUUUGCUUGCGUUCCAAACAAGACCGGGCGAAGAACCCGAUAUGUUACCGGAAAUAGAGAUAUAGAAAGGGAGGGAAGAUGCCAGCCAGCCUUCAAAACAUCCAGGGCAGCUUCUUCAUCUGCGUGGCUCAUCUGUCGAUCAGCUCGAGAUUCAACCCUUCUCCCAUCUCAUUACGUCAGAUCAUACAUGAUGGUGUAUCGUACAAUACUUGCUUUGGCGGCCUCGGCCUCUCUGGCUGCCGCUGGGCCUUGUGAUAUCUAUGCCUCGGGAGGGACACCCUGUGUGGCUGCGCAUAGCACUACUAGAGCUCUGUAUGACAGCUAUUCAGGCUCCCUUUAUCAAGUCUUACGUGGUUCUGAUAAUGCCACGACUGAUAUUCGGCCACUAUCAGCUGGAGGUAUCGCCAAUUCCGCCACGCAGGACAAUUUCUGCAACGGUUCGACCUGCCUUAUCUCCAAAAUCUACGACCAGUCGGGUCACGGCAAUCAUUUGACGCAGGCCCCUCCAGGUGGCGCUGCAAGGGGCCCGAAUGUUAAUGGAUAUGAUUACCUAGCUGGCGCCCUGGGGGCACCCGUCACUCUGAACGGGCAAAAAGUAUAUGGUGUCUUCAUCUCACCAAUGACUGGUUAUCGUAAUAAUAAUCCAAGCGGCACAGCCACAGGCGAUGCUGCGGAAGGCAUAUAUGCCAUCUUCGAUGGGACUCACUACAAUACAGGUUGUUGUUUCGACUAUGGAAACGCCGAGACUAACAGUCUUGAUACUGGUAAUGGCCAUAUGGAGACUCUUUACUUUGGCACUGGAGACGGUUCUGGUCGAGGUACUGGAUCUGGUCCUGGUCCGUGGAUCAUGGCGGAUCUUGAGAACGGUCUAUUCACAGGACAUGACCCUAUCAAUAACCCCGCAAAUCCAACCAUCAACCACCGUUUCGUCACAGCCACUCUGAAGGGAAGGCCUAACCAGUGGGCACUCCGCGGUGGAGAUGCUACGACUGGGUCCUUAAACACCCUGUACAGCGGCGAGCGCCCGGCGAAUGGGUAUAACCCGAUGAGCAAAGAAGGAGCUAUUAUCCUUGGAAUUGGAGGCGACAAUAGUAACUGGGCGCAAGGAACGUUUUACGAAGGCGUAAUGACAACCGGCUACCCAUCUGACGAUACCGAGAACGAGGUACAAAGAAAUAUCAUCGCAGCCAAAUACGGCGCCAACGCCGGGCUUCUGAAGAGUGGACCUGCUUUCAGCGUUGGCUCUAGGGUAUCAUUCCGAGUUACAACGCCGGGCUACGACAACCGUUAUAUUGCGCACACCGGGGCAGAGGUCAACACCCAGGUUGUUUCGUCGUCCAGCGACAACGGAUUAAAACAGCGAGCAAGCUGGAUCGUCCGCACUGGUCUUGGAAAUAGCGCCUGCUACUCCUACGAAUCUGUCGACACCCCUGGCUCCUUCAUGCGCCACUCCAACUACGCCAUUGUGGUAAACGCUAACGAUGGCAGCAAGCUAUUCGCGGAAGACGCUACCUAUUGCCCGCAGGCUGGCAUCAAUGGUAAGGGCACUUCAAUUCGGUCGUGGAGUUAUCCAGCCCGAUACUUCAGGCAUUACGAUGCUCUGCUCUACAUUGCGGGCAACAGUGGCCCUCAUCCUUUUGACAACCCUGCUGUGUUCAACGACGACGUCAGCUUCGUGGUCAGUAACAGCUUAGCUUGAACCAUCGCCAUAGCCUAGAUUCCUUCAACCUUCUCCCAUAAUAGAUAACCCUGCUUUUUGCUAAGCUGAUAACAUAUGAGUGGUUGAGAAUGAGUAGGCACGCGAGGAAUAUCAAAUGGCGCUAGGGAGACGUGGUAGAAGUUGAGACUAGGUUGGAUAUGAUUAGUAAUGCAAUAGUUAACGUAAUCAACAUGCCCAAACGUUCCAUCUAUCGUCAGAUUCAAGAGUGUUGAGGUUCCCGUAAGGUUGUAUUUCCUUCGUGCCUUCCUUUUUUUGUCUCUUGCUCCUCGUGAAUUUACUUUCACCCACAGGGAUAUA